CAUUCUCUCUCGCGGGAUUUUAUGGCAACUCUCGCUGUGAAGGUUUCUUCAAUAGUACAUCCGGACCGCCACCCCCAAAGGAGACUCAAGGAUGGCAGCUUCGGUAGUUUUGAAUACCACUAAGCAUCUCUGGAGACCGGUCUUGCUGACACCUCGUUCGGUGCAGGCUGUAACAGAUGGCAGUCGCAGGAACGUGGCCUCGCAAACAACCAUUCCUCCACCUGCCAAAUAUGGGGGACGUCACACUGUCACCAUGAUUCCCGGAGAUGGCAUUGGGCCAGAACUCAUGCUUCAUGUCAAGGAGUUGUUCAGGCAUGCUAGUGUUCCUGUGGAUUUUGAAGAAGUUCUGGUGAGCUCAGAGGCAUCUGAAGAGGACAUCAAGAAUGCCCUCAUGGCCAUCCGUCGGAACCGUGUGGCCUUGAAAGGAAACAUCGAGACAAACCAUAAUCUACCACCUUCCCACAAGUCCCGGAACAACAUAUUGCGCACCAACCUGGACCUCUUUGCCAACGUGAUCCAUUGCAAGAGCCUUCCACGAGUGGCAACCAGGCACCGUGACAUCGACAUCCUGAUAGUCCGGGAAAACACGGAGGGGGAAUACAGCAGCCUGGAGCACGAGAGUGUAUCUGGUGUAGUGGAGAGCCUGAAGAUCAUCACCAAGACCAAGUCACUGCGCAUUGCUGAGUACGCCUUCAAGCUGGCGCAUGAGACCGGUCGCAAGAAGGUGACUGCCGUCCACAAGGCCAACAUCAUGAAGCUGGGGGAUGGUCUCUUCCUGCAGUGCUGCAAAGAGGUUGCGGCCAGCUACCCAAACAUCACCUUCGACAGCAUGAUUGUUGACAACACCACAAUGCAGCUGGUGUCCCGCCCGCAGCAGUUUGAUGUUAUGGUUAUGCCUAAUCUCUAUGGCAACAUUGUGAACAAUGUCUGUGCUGGACUGGUUGGGGGCCCAGGCCUAGUACCAGGAGCAAACUAUGGACGCGACUAUGCAGUUUUUGAAACGGCCACACGCAAUACUGGCAAGAGCAUUGCGGGCAAGAACAUCGCCAACCCUACAGCCAUGUUGCUUGCCAGCUGUAUGAUGCUGGAUCACCUCAAAUUGCACAGCUACGCAUCUGUGAUCCGCAAAGCAGUCCUGGCCUCCAUGGAUGAUGCAGAUACUCAUACACCAGAUAUUGGGGGCCAGGGAACAACUUCAGCAGCUGUACAGUCAAUUCUGAAGCAGAUCAUCAAUGCCAGCCCUAGCGUGGCACAGUGAUAUCCUGAAUCAUAAGGGCAGCAACAAAGGAGUUUUCCCACACCAGCCGCAAUGAAACCAAUUCCCUGCUGCCACGUCCACGAAAGAGAGUGGAGUGACCCUUCUUUUAGCAAAUGGAGCUGUCCCUUCCAUUACAAGUUAUUAAAGCACAAUCUCCAUCUUUUGUACAUAGUGUGCAAAUUGACAGUUUCUCCCCACCUCCCCAUAGGAAAUAAAUGUCAUAGUGAGGUC